AUAAAAGUUUUGACAUUAAUUCUUAUCACAAACCGCGAUAACUUAUUUCAUAUAAUAUGAUCAUAAGUGUAUAAUCUAUGACUUAAUACGUAUAUAGAAGAUAUAGCUAGUGUCUACACAGUUAUCACCUAUCGGUAUCAAAGUUCAUUUUUUUCUGCUCGGCCGUCCAUAGUUGCGAUAUCUCCGCGUUGGAAGCUGUGCCUAUUAGUGUAUUGAAAUAAACUUGUAAAUAGUAAGAAAUGGCUUCAGUAGCUGGAAUAACUCGCAUGGUUUUAGGAAGAAAUACCUUCAAUGGAGGUCGUGCUGUUGCAAAUGCCGGUCUUAUAAAGUUUUACAGCACAGCACCUCAAUAUGAAAACAUCAAAAUUGAUGUUGCUGGGGAGAAGAAGAAUGUAGGAGUCAUACAGUUGCACCGUCCCAAAGCUUUAAAUGCCCUCUGCAAGCCCUUGUUCCAGGAAUUGGGAAAAGCUGUGAAGGAUUUUGAUCAAGAUGACAAAAUUGCAGCUAUCAUUAUUACUGGUAACGAAAAGGCGUUCGCGGCUGGAGCCGAUAUCAAGGAAAUGCAAAACAACACUUACAGCUCCAACAACAAGGCUGGAUUCUUACAAGAGUGGGAGGACGUAUCGAACUGCGGCAAGCCCAUAAUAGCUGCGGUGAAUGGUUUUGCGGUGAGUGGAUAAAUAACAUUCUUCCAU